AUGGAACUUCGAUAUCGGCGUUUGUUUUACGCUUAUGCUAUCUCCUUCGCCCUCCUAAGCAUUUUCAUCGGACGUGACUUUGAUCAUGAUGAUUUAGUAGACGUACAGCGACGAAGGUUGCGGACCCCAUUUGUAUUCUGGGCAAAGAAUGAUUAUAAUGCGACCGAAUUACGCUUAUUGAAUCACGUUUAUCGAAAAUCUCCUGAUGGUAUCAAAUGGUUUAGUCACACAUAUGAGCCUCCCGAAGAGUCAGGUCCACAUCAAAUUGAAUUGGACCAUUCGUUUCUGAGCCUUAACCCAUACUUUAUUCAGAAGCAGCAAGCAAUAUUUCUAGAGUACCUUUCGGUUUUUCAAAAAAGUGAAAAACGGAUAUAUAUCCCUGCAGGAGAUAAUAACGUUAAUUCACGGAAGCUACAGUCGUGGGAUUAUUUCAAAGAUAUUCGUUGGCGUGCGAUUACUAAUUGGAACGGGUGGAGGCAUGCUCGUUUAAUUGUUUUAAAACGCCAUGAGAUUGGAUUUUCCGGCAAGGCCUAUGGCUAUACUACCGGCGAAAAUCGAAUUGGGGCAAUUAAAGAAGACGGCGCUGAAUGGCACUACAAUCCAUCCUCAGCGGCAUAUGAAUUUCUCGGUUUCACCCACCUAACCGAUGCAAAUAUCAAGAAUGAAGGUUCGUCGCAGUUCUCAGAGAUCGGACAAUUCAAAGGCUUACCUUUCAUCGACUCGAUAGCUAAUGAUCUUGUCCAACGCUGGAGAAAAGCAGGCAUAAAGUACGACCUGUUGUCAAACAAUUGCGAGAGUUUCGGGAUACGGCUUGCAAUUCAUCUCUUUGAGAAAGAAAUCCGCACAUUUGAAUACCCAGACGACACAGUCGAUCGCCUUAUGCAGGAAUGUGAAGCUCUUUCUUCCAAGUCGACCCUCACUGAAGUGUCAUUCAAUAUCCUACGGUCAGGCGCAGAUACAUUUGCAUUGGUUAUCAUCAACACCAUUCAGCUGACUGCCGCUGCACUACUUCAUUACAUCACUGCAUCAGAUGGUAUGCUUGCGGUGCGGAGACGCCAAAGAGCUGAUCAGGCGCGAAAAGUAAAAUGA